UCCUGCUCCUUGUGGGCUAGUAAAUCUUCAGACCUCUCCCACUCACAACGGAGCCAUCUGCAUCAUCACUUUGUCUUACUGUACUCUUCAUCUCCGUCUUGAGGUCCACGUUUGUACGCCCCUGAGCAACUCCCCAAGAGGGGAAACACACAAAGCAGCUGCUGGACAUGUGAGGUUACAAACAACCUACUCCAAAAAGGAAAUGGCUUCAACACGGAAAGUAGGCUACAAGUGUCGUAUAGCCACAGUUCUACUCAUCCUAUUGGGUAGUAUUGCUGGGCUCAUCGCUGUCGCUGUCAUCCAGGGGCAUUGGAGGUCCAAAGAGUAUUCCUUAGAGUACGGCAUCGUGAUUGACUCGGGAUCAUCUCGGUCUAACAUCUAUUUGUAUGAGUGGCCAGGGGAGAAGGAGAAUGAAACAGGAGUGGUGACGGAGAAAUUGAACUGUAAAGUUUCUGGUGUUGCAAUCUCUGAAUUAAAAAAUGACCCAAAGAAAGACGCACAAACAUGGAAGGGUUUCAGAGAUUGUAUGAAAACUGUCUCUGAAGCCAUCCCUGCUAAAAAGCACAAAACCACCCCUCUCUUCUUGGGAGCUACAGCUGGAAUGAGACUAUUACAAGAGAAGGAUAUGCAGAGGGCAAAUGAAGUCUUGGAUAGUCUGAAGGAAUAUCUGCAAUCUCUGCCCUUUGACUUUCAAAAUGCAUCCAUAAUUACUGGUCAGGAGGAAGGACUGUAUGGGUGGAUUACUGUCAACUAUUUGAUGGACAACUUUAUCGAGAAAACCCUUUGGAACACCUAUAUCCGUCCACAGUCAUCCAAGACAGUGGGCUCCAUGGAUCUUGGUGGUGCAUCGACACAAAUCGCCUUUGCGGUUAACGAAGACCUCACUGGGGAUGACUACUUACAUGUCAAGCUCUACGGCUACCCUUACAAUGUUUAUACACACAGUUUCCUCUGUUAUGGCAAGAAUGAAGCUGGCAAGAGGCUUUUGGACAAAGUUAUCCAGGAAUCAUCGGACCCUGCAAAUGUUGACAAUCCCUGCUACCCUAAUGGAGUAAACGAAACCAUUCCAGCCUCGGAUAUUUAUGACACAGAGUGUACUAAGAAACCAAAGAAUUACAGACCAGAUCAAAAAUACAUGAUUACAGGGUCUGGCAACUCAGAAGAAUGUAGGAGAAUAGUAAAAUCCAUGUUUGAUUUCACCAGUUGUUCCUCAGCUCACUGUUCAUUUGAUGGGGUCGAGCAACCGCCAGUCACUGGGGCAUUUAUGGCAUACGCAGGCUAUUUCUACGUUGUUAGAGCUUUGUUGAUGAACGAAUCAACCGACACGAUCAGACCAGCCGAAUAUGACGAAUUUAAAACCUCAAUGAAGCAAUUAUGUAACACACCUUGGAGUGAGCUGAGAACGCAAAAGGAAUGGGUCUCGGACAGGUAUCUUCGCACCUAUUGCUUUGCAACUCAUUACAUCUUCAGUUUGCUGAAUGACGGUUACAAAUUUGACGCAACCACGUGGAAAGACAUUCACUUUCAGAAAGAGGUCAAGAGCACCAGUGUAGGUUGGAGUUUAGGCUACAUGCUGAGUAGCUCCAAUAUGAUUCCGUCUGAGGUGAAUGAAGUUCUCCCAUUCACUAAUCCUGUCUUUGCCGGUCUUAUAUUUUUAUUUUCAGCUCUGACCAUUAUUACGGUCAUCUUGAUUUUUAUCAUUCUUAUUCGUACAUGCUAUUAGGGAAGUUCACUUCUGUUAAAUUGUUGUUAAUGUUUGUCAGUAAGACUUUUUUGUCAUCCCAAACAAUGCAAUUAAAAUGUUUGAGAGCCACUUUAUUGUUUACCAAAGAAUGUUAAGGGCCAGGCUAAAAAGAAAACACUAUUGUGAGAAUAGAGUCAGACUAGUUGAAAUGAGGAGAGUAAAAUGGAAAUAUUAUAAAAGAAGAAUAUUUGAUAAAAGAAUGAAAGCUUAAUGAAUAAAUGGAAAACAACAAAAGUUAUAUUUAAAAAAAAAGUGAUCAUUCCGGAUUAUUAUUCAAGUUGUUAGGUUUGUGAAUCUUUGGCAUGAAGUAGGGACGAUACGUAUUGAGAACAUUUUUUUGGCAAUUUUUUGAGAAUUUUGAGUUACAGUUCGAUACAAAAUGAACAUUAGAUAGAAAGUAGUAAGAUAGCAACCAUUACAAAUUGGACGGAUUAAAAAAAAAAAAAAAUCACAAAGAAUAGGUAAUGCGGCUUCCAAAUCAUGAAAAAUCAAGUCACUGUCUCUGCUGCUUUCGUGUAUAAGCCAGGAAAAUACA